UUUGCGAUGGAGAUCGGAACGUUUCUUCCGCUGUUUCUGAUAGGGUUUGUUUCGUUGUAACACAUUCUGCUUCCGUUUCCAGGAUUUAUUUUGAAAAAGAAGCGGCAGUCAUGGAGGCAGAUCGUGAGAGCAAGGCAGAUUUUAGAGUACAUGUCAAGUCGAAAAAACACGUUCGUGAACAGCUUGAAAAGUAUAAAGACUUAUUUAAAAAGUUGCUCGAUGGCCAAUGCCACAUUUCCGAGGAGGACAAAGCUAAAUUGCUGCAGGAAAUGGUUGUGAACUUUGAAUUCACAGUGCAAGAAAAUCUAGUUAUUGGUGGCUUGUCCUGGGACGAGGUGUCAGAGGAUUAUUGUGAAGACUAUGACAGCACAAUAAAUGACAUUCUGGAUGAGAAAAUAGUAGAGACCGCCUGCAAACGCAACUCUUACCCAAAGCAAAUACGCAACCAGGUUGUACGAUCAUUAAGAGCAGAAAGGAAACUUCUGGGUUUGUAUGAACAGACAGUGAAGCCACAAGACCUAAAACCAGACCCAGUUCAAGACACUGCCAUCAGAAAUGUAUCAGCUGCUGCACCUGCAAUGUUGAAACAAGCCAGUACAGUUAUGAAGUCUCUGAAAAGUCUGAAGCAGGCAGCCGAGGGCUUGCGUCAGGUACUUGACAUGCAGCCUUCAGCGGAGUCGGUGGAGAUCUACAGUGAAGUGUUUGGCAGCUCAGUAGGAGACGUCUAUCCAGACCUUCACCACAGGCUUCCCUCCACCAUCAAAAGAGCUGCGUCUGAUUCAGAGUACAGUGCAGACUAUGUACCUGCUCCAAAAACCAUCCAAAUGACUGAUGCAAAUUAAUGUCUAUAUCUGUGUGUGUAUGUAUCAUUUUGUAUGGGAAUAGAGAAGGGCAGUAUGGGAGUAUUGUAUUGACACCUAUUAUUAGAUAAGUGUUUUGUAUGUUGAUUUUUACCCAUAUCAUGUAAAUAAAUAUUCAAGAAAUA